AUGACUUCGAUAGGAACGGGCUACGAUCUUUCCAACUCGGUCUUCUCUCCUGAUGGACGCAACUUCCAGGUGAACUCAUCAACUCUUACCCACUGCGAAUCGCAUCAACUGACGACCGAUCUAGNNGUCGAAUAUGCCAUGAAGGCAGUCGAGAACGGUGGCACUUGCGUCGGUAUCAGAUGUCGCGAUGGUGUUGUCCUGGCUCUGGAGAAGCUCGUCACUUCGAAGCUGUUGAAGAAGGAUGCAAACAAGAGGAUAGCCACUGUCGAUCGCAACAUUGGUGUCGUAUGUUCUGUCCAUAUUCUACACCAACCCUGCCUAGCUGACAAUAACCCUAGGNUCUCUACUGGUCUCCUCCCUGAUGGUCGCCACUUUGUCAGCCGUGCCCGCGAUGAGGCAUCAUCAUGGCGUUCUCUCUACAAGCAACCUAUCCCCGUCGCCUCCCUCGCCGACCGCAUGGGCUCAUACGUCCAAGCCUACACUCUUUACUCAUCAGUCCGUCCUUUCGGUAUCACCGCCAUCAUCGGUGGUUGGGAUUCCGAGCUCGAAGUGCCCGUCGACGCACAAGUCGGUUCUGGUCCAUCAAGCGGCAGUGGCGGCAAGGUGCCCGACGCAAAGGAGGGCGGCCCAUACCUCUACAUGAUCGAACCAUCGGGAUCGUACUGGGGAUACUACGGUGCAGCUACUGGCAAGGGAAGACAAGCAGCCAAGGCGGAACUUGAGAAGCUGAAGCUCACCCCCGACCAGGGCGGUAUUAGUCUGGAAGAGGGUGUCAAGGAGGCGGCAAGAAUCAUCUACGUGGCACACGAGGACAGCAAGGACAAGGAGUUUGAGCUGGAGAUGACAUGGAUCAGCAAGGUUGACGGACCUACCAAAGGCAGACACGAGGAGGUGCCGAAGGAAAUGCUCGAGGAGGCAGAGCGCCUUGCCAUGAAGGCACUCGAAGGCGAUGACGAUGAGAUGGAGGAAUAA